AUGGUAGCGGAUUCCUCUUUACCAGCUGUCGAUUGGCUUUAUUGGAACAUUCUUGCUGACGCUGUUUCCGAGAUAAUCUUCUUCGAAUCAGCGGAUGAUGCAUGGAUUGAGGCAAGCGCUCAGAUGGGUCGGCUUCUUGAACAUCCUCACAAGAGGCUCUUCUGCGAUAGGGCGAACGCGUCUCAGCAUGGCUACAAAUCUUGUUCAGGCUGGGCUGCAGUUUCAAACUCAGCCAAAUCUCAAGGAACUCGG